CUACCAUUCAAUGCCUGAUUGCUGCUCUGGCCCGCCACCGAAGCCCGAACAGCGCGAGUGCUCUUGGUUCUGGCCCGUCAUUCCCGCCCUGCUUCACAGUUCUUGUUGCUGGCUGCCUGCUCUACUGGACUUGGCUGCUCUACCCCCACUUGUGGAGCUCAAUAGCGGGAGUCGUCACUUUGCUCAUCAUUGGCUUUGAUCUCCUGUGCGGUAAAGCCACCGGGCGAUUUUUGGGACGGCCUGCCUUGUCGCUGGCAAUCCUGCUCUUAACGCGAAUUCUUCGCGCCAGAAAAGAACCAGGCACAAGCUGUCAUUAAAAGCGCCGCACUUCACAUACGGAAUGGUCCUAAAGAUGCUAGCCCGUCGUAGUCCGAUUUCGACCUCACUUGCCCGUCGACCGCUAGUUCCCAUUGUAUCGCGCACGGUCGCCACGACAGCCACGAACAAGCCUUGUCAUGCAAAGAAGGGAGGACUUCCACCGGCAAUCGACGAGGGGUUUUGGGUGUCGAUACCCACGUGGAAGCGGUCAAGCGUCAAUACUUUGCGAUGCCUUAUUGGAUGCACGACCGGUGAUUUCUCCGCCAUGUGGUACUUGCAGUCGGCCUACCCAGAGUUAGGUACCGUGACGACUAUGGGCUUGUCAAUGUCGGCGGGAAUCAUGUCUUCGAUCGUCCUAGAGACCACUCUCCUUCGCUUCGGUCGCGAUCGUCUCCCGUGGAACGUCGCCGCCAGGACUGCGACAGGAAUGAGCAUGAUAUCUAUGCUGGCGAUGGAGGUGGCCGAAAAUACUGUCGAUUACACUCUCACGGGCGGCUGCGUCGACCUGGGUAGCCCAUAUUUCUGGACCGCUGCCGGAUCCGCAGCAGUGGCGGGUUUCUUAGUUCCGUUGCCGUACAAUUAUUUCCGGCUAAAGAAGUACAGCAAGUCCUGCCACUGAGUUUGACGUGGAGUGGCGCGUACAAGAGCGUCAAAAGAACACCGCUACCGUGCCUCUAUUCAGCAGACGAGGUUGGCACCGACAGAUGAGAGUAUACGAAAGAUUAAGGGAGCCAAAUGAAGCCGGGAGCCGGAAAUAGUUCCUUUUUUUUUAAGUCGCUAAGCUUAUAGAGACUGAUCACCGCGACCUAAUACGAGCGCUCUAAGGACGAUACUAACGUAG